CUGUAUUGCAGUUAUUUAUACAAUGAGCGCGCGCAUAUUUAAAACAUUAGUAUUGUUUGAACAGAGACCUCUACUGUGCGCAAAUAAUGUCAACGCAACGCCAACGUGCAUCAUCAACGGCGGUCAUAUUGUAACUAAGUGUAAUCAUGUGCAACAUCAUGGUGUAAACGAUCGUCGCAGCUGUUUAUAAUUUAUAAUUUGAUAGUUUGUACUCGGAUCUAGAUGGAAGUUAAUAAAUAAAUUUUUUUCGUAAAAUUUUCACGUCACACAUAUUCAACAUGUCGCGACAUCGAGACGUUCGCUGUAUGAAUUACUCAGAUGAGUAUGACGGCUACGAUGACGUUUAUGGACAUUCAGUGGAAGAUGAUUAUUGCGUGUCGCCUAGUGCGGAGCAGUUCUUGUUUGAUCGGAGCAAACAACAGAAUAUUGCAUCAUUUAUCACAGAACCAGACAUAGUGGAAGAUAAUGAAGAUGUUGAUGAGCCUUCGCCAUCGUCCAAUGAGAAGUUUGAUCUUUCUGAGUUGGAAAGAGCAAAACUAAUAUCCUGUAUGGAAACUAUCAGAAAUGUGAUAGGUGAUACUGUGUCUGAAUCAAAGCUGAGAGAAACAAUUAUCAGAUCAAAUUUUAAUGCUGAAGUGGCACUUGAUACUAUUCUGAAGGAAUCCUCGCCAAAAAAUACCACUGAUGCAUCAAUAAGUAAAGAACGUUUGGAACGGCACCCAGGUGUUUCACUUGAUAAGCCUAAUAAGUCUAUGUUUACAAUACCCAGAUUUUCUUUUAACAAAACUCACAUGUCGUCUAAAGAUUCCUCGUCUAUAUCUCAUACGAGUAAUAUCAAAAAUUUUAAAGACGUACAACAAUCUAAUACUGUUUCUUCGUUAGCUGAACUUGUUUCCUCUCAUGCAAAGUCUGUAAGCCCAGAUGCGAAAAAGUUAACUUCGUCAACUACCACCAAUGCACCAGCUUUCAAUUCUUUAGACGCCUUAACGGCGCAUUAUUUACAAAAAUCUAAUCUCUCGGCUCGUAGUACCGACCUUUUCGAUAAACAGCAGUCGUCGAGCUCGCAGUUUGUUAUUCCAAAAUUUUCAAUCAAGAAAGAUAACAGCGACAAAACAGAAAGUGUACAAUUUCUAAAAUCUCGCGAUAACGAGACUAGUAAGAGGCUGUUAACACCUCAGACAAAAACUCAAGUGACGGCAAAUGCUCCAGACAAAAAAUCAUUGGACUCACUCCGCAAGGAUUUUUCGAAUAUGCACAUCUUGCUUAGAAACAAUAUCUUGGCAGAUGUAAAAUCAGACAGACAACUUGAAAAUUCACUGAACGUAAAUAACAUUCACGUAGCAUCACCUGAUAAUUGCGCGGUUGAUUUGAGUACCGCUUUAAAGGAAGUAAAACUGUUGGCUGACAACGAGUCUAAUAACAAGAAUUCGAACUUGACGAUUUCGAAAAAGUUUUACGACAUGCCUAAUUUGGAGUAUAUUGAGGAUAGCAGCGGCGCAAUGCUAAAUGUGUUACCUGUUACUCUAAAUCUAGGUAACAAAUUAUCGUCAAGCAAGCCUGUGCUGCAAGUUACAACACCUUCUACCGUAAAAGUAGUACCUGCCGGGACGAAACCCGUUAUAAAAGGCUUCGAUUUAAGUGGCGUAGAGAACGCGGAUUUACUGAGUCCACGUUGCCAGAGUCCGUCGUCCAAUCGAAACAGCCCUGAAACUAAACGCCGAGAAGAUAUCAUACAAAAGGAAAAGAAGACACUUUCGUCGAAAACGAACAGUCCGAGAUGUCAGUCUCCGGUAUCGGGACACGUAACACCAGAGUUGGACUCUAAAGUGAAAUCAAACGUAUCAAGUGAGGAGAAGGUGGACGUGCAAGCAAUAUACAAAAACAAAAGAGGCGAAAGCAAGGAACAGAUUCACCUGGUGGUCGUUGGACACGUUGACGCCGGAAAGAGCACGUUGCUCGGACGAUUGCUCUGCGACUUGGGCCAAGUGCCGCAAAGACUCAUUCACAAGUAUCAACAGGAGAGCAAGAAAAUAGGAAAGCAGUCGUUUGCUUACGCUUGGGUGCUCGAUGAGACUGGCGAGGAGAGAGAGCGAGGAAUAACCAUGGAUAUAGGUCACUCGAAGUUCGAAACAGACACGAAAUCCAUUACUUUACUGGACGCACCUGGCCACAAGGAUUUCAUCCCGAACAUGAUAACUGGCGCUACGCAAGCGGAUGUUGCUUUAUUAGUGGUUGACGCGACCAGAGGCGAAUUCGAAACUGGAUUCGAUAGUGGAGGGCAGACGCGCGAACACGCACUGUUGCUACGUUCUUUAGGAGUAUCGCAACUGGCGGUAGUCGUGAAUAAGUUGGAUACUGUAAAUUGGUCUAAAGACAGAUUCAACGAGAUAGUCGAUAAAAUGAGCGUGUUCUUGAAGCAAGCUGGUUUUAAAGAUACAGUUACUUUUGUACCUUGUAGCGGUCUGUCCGGAGAAAAUAUUGUGACGAAACCGAAAGAGCAGCUCUCUAACUGGUAUACCGGACCUACUCUAGUCAAUGUAAUCGACAAUUUCAAAUGCCCGGAACGACCUGUAAAUAAGUCGUUCCGUUUCUCAAUAAACGAUAUAUUUAAGGGAACAGGAUCUGGAUUUUGCGUGUCCGGUCACAUUGAAACCGGCAUGGUGUCUUUAGGUGACAAGGUUUUAAUUCUACCCCCAAACGAGAUCGCAGUUGUUAAAGGUAUUCAGUCGGACGAUGUUUCGACGACAAACGCAUUUGCCGGCGAUCACGUCGCAUUGACACUAGCCGGAAUCGAACAGCAGAAAGUGGGCAUCGGUAAUAUUAUCUGCAAUCCGCAGAAUCCGGUACCCGUGACAACGUGCUUCCAAGCGCACGUGGUGAUAUUCGCGAUUGCAAAACCGAUCAUAAAAGGGCUACCAGUAGUGAUGCAUCAGCAAUCCUUGGUACAACCAGCGGUGAUCACAAAAUUAAUAGCGCAGCUUCACCGGAGCACCGGCGACGUGAUCAAGAAGAAACCGCGCUGUUUGCUGAAGAACUCAAGCGCGAUCAUCGAAGUCACGACGCAAAAUCCAGUCUGUAUGGAGUUAUAUAAGGAUAUUAAGCAAUUAGGUAGAGUUAUGUUACGAUUAGAAGGUACUACUAUUGCAGCAGGUUUGAUCACAAAGAUUUUGUGAAUUUGAUCCUACACAUACAAAGAAAUAUACAGAGUCUCGAAUUUGCAAUGUAAGUUUUUUCCACGUUAGAAGGAUGAGGAACCGUGAGAAAUAAAUAGGAUUUAAAAUACCUACAUACAUAUACAUAUAUAUGCUGCCGUCACAUGUAUGUACAUCACAGGAAAAAAAAACUCUAUAGGUUGUUGUUUCAUUUUAUUUAGAGAUUAAUGCAGAAGACUUUACUCAUUUGCUGUAAUAUAUUUCUAAUUAUUUGUAAUAUUUUAAGAGUGUAAUGAAUUUGAUAUAUAUAUGUCCACAAUAAAAAGA